CAGACACACAGAACACACACUGAAUUGAAUUAUUGAAAAAAAAAGUUAUCCCAGGAAAGAUAGAACACAGUAAACUUUUGCCUUUCUGCAAAAUUCUUCAGAAAAAAACAGAAUCUUCAAAGGCUUAGACCAGCUCAAUCUCAAAAGGGUUGCUGUCUUUUUUUUUGGGUUGUAAAAGUGAAUAUGGCUCUGAACCUGUUCUCCCCUACGACUGAAAUCAAGGCUAUUUCAUUCUUGGAUUCCUCAAAGUCCAAUUACAACCUUAAUCAUCUUCUCAAGCUCCAAGGUGGAAUUUCUUUGAAGAGGAAGGACAAUGGAGGCACAGUCGGAAAGAAAGUUCAGUGUUCAGCACAGCCACCUCCUCCAGCUUGGCCAGGCACGGCGCUUGUAGAGCCUGGUAGGAAGAGUUGGGACGGUCCAAAGCCUCUCUCAGUAGUUGGAUCAACAGGGUCCAUCGGAACUCAGACGCUUGAUAUAGUUGCCGAGAAUCCUGACAAAUUCAGAGUUGUUGCACUGGCGGCUGGUUCAAAUGUGACCCUUCUUGCUGAUCAGGUCAAGACAUUCAAACCUCAAUUAGUUGCUGUCCGCAAUGAGUCAUUAGUUGAUGAACUCAAAGAAGCUUUGGCUGAUGUUGAAGACAAACCUGAAAUUAUUCCUGGAGAAGAAGGUGUCGUCGAGGUAGCCCGCCACCCUGAUGCUGUCUCUGUUGUCACAGGAAUAGUGGGCUGUGCUGGUCUAAAGCCGACUGUGGCUGCCAUAGAAGCAGGGAAAGACAUUUGCUUGGCCAACAAAGAGACGUUAAUUGCUGGUGGUCCUUUUGUACUUCCUCUUGCGCACAAGCACCAAGUGAAGAUUCUUCCUGCGGAUUCAGAACAUUCUGCCAUAUUCCAGUGUAUACAAGGUCUGCCUGAGGGUGCUCUUCGACGUAUCAUUUUAACAGCAUCUGGUGGUGCUUUCAGGGAUUGGCCAGUUGAGAAAUUGAAAGACGUCAAAGUAGCAGAUGCGUUGAAGCAUCCUAACUGGAACAUGGGAAAAAAGAUUACAGUGGAUUCUGCCACCUUAUUCAAUAAGGGACUUGAAGUUAUUGAAGCCCAUUAUCUUUAUGGGGCCGACUAUGACAACAUUGAAAUCGUUAUUCAUCCACAAUCUAUCAUCCACUCAAUGGUUGAAACACAGGAUUCAUCGAUAUUGGCACAAUUAGGAUGGCCUGACAUGCGGUUGCCCAUUCUUUACACAAUGUCCUGGCCAGACAGAAUUUACUGUUCUGAGAUAACUUGGCCACGCCUUGAUCUUUGCAAGCUUGGGUCUCUGACAUUUAAAGCCCCAGAUAAUGUCAAGUAUCCAUCAAUGGAACUCGCAUAUGCUGCUGGGCGAGCAGGAGGGACCAUGACUGGAGUUCUCAGCGCUGCAAAUGAGAAAGCUGUCGAAAUGUUCAUCAAUGAGCAAAUCGGCUAUCUGGACAUUUUCAAGGUUGUGGAGGUAACAUGCAACAAGCAUCAAGCAGAAUUGGUGUCCGCCCCAUCCCUCGAGGAAAUUGUACAUUACGAUUUGUGGGCACGUGACUAUGCAGCAACCUUGCAAUUCUCUGCUGGCUUAAGGCCUGCUCUUGUAUAAGGAACUAGGCGGCUUUGAUGCAAAUCAGAGGUAUCUCUUCUCAUUGUAUUGGCAGAUCUUGCCUAAAUUUGAUAAAUGGGAUGGUGGAGCAUGAUGCUCUUGUAUCAUAGAAUUCAGGGAUGAACUGCAUGAGCAUCUCUAAUGUUCCAUCAUUACAGAUUAUAAAUGUGUUUUUCUGCUUUCCUUAA